GACACAACCCCUAGCCAUGAAGAGCCGCUUCAGCACCGUUGACCUCCGCGCUGUGCUCGCAGAGCUGAAUGCGAGCUUGCUAGGAAUGAGAGUAAAUAACGUUUAUGAUGUGGAUAACAAGACAUACCUUAUCCGUCUUCAAAAACCCGAUUUUAAAGCUACAUUGUUACUUGAAUCUGGUAUACGAAUUCACACAACAGAAUUUGAGUGGCCUAAGAACAUGAUGCCAUCUAGUUUUGCCAUGAAGUGUCGAAAACAUUUGAAGAGUCGGAGAUUAGUCAGUGCAAAACAGCUUGGUGUGGAUAGAAUUGUGGAUUUCCAGUUUGGAAGUGAUGAAGCUGCUUAUCAUUUAAUCAUUGAGCUCUAUGAUAGGGGGAACAUUGUUCUUACAGAUUAUGAGUACCUAAUUUUAAAUAUCCUAAGGUUUCGAACUGACGAAGCUGAUGAUGUUAAGUUUGCUGUUCGUGAACGCUAUCCUGUUGAUCAUGCCAGAGCUGCUAAACCUUUGCUGACUUUAGAAAGAUUGACUGAAGUAAUAGCUAGUGCUCCUAAGGGUGAACUUCUGAAGAGAGUUCUUAAUCCAUUACUUCCCUAUGGACCAGCUCUUAUUGAGCACUGUCUUAUAGAAAAUGGAUUCUCUGGCAAUGUCAAAGUGGAUGAAAAACUUGAAAGCAAAGGUAUGUCUGCAUGAUCCAGACUUUGUACAUUUUCAU